GCCUGGCUUCCCAUUGCAGAGGGCGGGGCCCGAGUUCUGGGAGGACGCCCGGCUGACCUACGGUGGACUGGCCGAUCUCGUCGCGUUCGUGGACGGCAAGAUCGGCCUGAUCAUGUUCAUUAACUACUUGGACAACGGCCUGUAUCUUUGCUUCAAGUUGUUUCACAUGCUAAAGGUGCAGCCGUGCAGCACUGCAUCUGUGGUGGAAUUCGCUGUCGUGAGCCUCAGGCUCUCUUUCGUGGGGAUGUUCACGACCUCAGUUCACCAGCAGUGGCGUGACCUGAAGCCCGUCCUGUUCAGCGUUCUGCCAGAGUGCCAUUCUACGGCGGGCAUUCGCUUUUCUACACAGAUUUCCGAGCAAGUCGCCUUGACCGGCCUCGGCGUUUACAGCCUCACCCGUCCGUUCCUCCUAUCGGUCAUCGGUUUCCUGGGGUCAUUUCAGACAGUGCUAUUGCAAGAGGGCAGCAGCAGCCCUGGAAAUCACAGCAAAUUUGUGGCUUCUUAUUCAUGACGUCUGGAAGUGGUCCGACGUCGCCUCUCCAAACCGUCUGCUCAUAAAUACAUCCCUCGUGAAAAAAAGAAUAACAAUUGCGGCGCUCCCUCGAUCCCCUCAUGACACUCUUCGUCGCACUCGCACCA